UUCGAAAAAUACACUUGUGUAAAAUCAGGUUGAGAACCCAACUAGUCUAUCUCCUAACCUUUAUAUCAAAACAUGACUAACAAAGACUUGCUUUGAAUAAAUAUAUUUAAUUUUCUAUCAUUCUAAUUUAAAACUAUUAUUAAAAAAUUAAUUUCACGCGUGAAUUUCAUUAAUACGUGUAUAAUUAUAAAAAGGACAUUACUUUUAAUGUUAUAUCUGUAAAUGUUUUACCUGUGCAAUGAAUUGUACAAGUGCAAUUAAUGAUACUAAAAGAUUAAAAUUGCAAGAUGACAAGCAAAAUUGUCCACAUAAAACCCUACAUAAUAUAUGUAAUUGGUUUUAUCUCGACAAAACAGCUAUAGAAUAUCACGAUUUAGAGAAAGUCAAGAUUAUAAGUUACAAUGAAUUACAAACGAUGAAGCAAAUAGUUUCAAAUUGUUUGAAAUGUAUACAGCAUCCUGAAUUCAUUGGUAUCGACUUGGAUAUUUCAGAAUAUUGUGUUCCUUCUUUAAUGCUUGGGACUCUUGAUAGCGGACAUGCUUUUCUCAAUGUACCUGCAGAUCCAUUGACACGUAAAAAGAUAUUCACUUCUCUACAUGUGAACUACAUUUUUACGAAAAAUGUGACAUCCAGCAGAAAAAUCAUAUAUCAAUUGAAUAUUCAUGGAGAGCCAAUAUAUUUGACAAAAUUAAUAGAUGUCCAGGGAAACAACAUUAAUAGAAGAUGGUAUCAUUUUGCAUAUGCAAUUGCUACUUCAGGCUCAACUGGGGCUCCAAAAGUUGUUAAAGUGCCUCAUUCCUGCAUAUUGCCUAAUAUUACAGAUUUGAAGAGAAUCCUUUAUGUGACAAACUCUGAUAAAAUUGCACAAUUAACAAAUUUUACCUUUGAUCCUAGUAUGGUUGAGAUUUUCUUAAGCCUUUCUUGUGCCGCAACUCUGUUCAUGGUUUCAAAAGUACUGAAAAAUGAAACUGGCAGACUCUUAGAAGAAAUAUGCCAUGCCCAUGUAACAUUUCUUCAAAUUACUCCAUCGCUUCUUUUUCACAAGUGGUCCGCUGAACAUUUGAGGACAACAAUCUUGGACAAGGAUUCUCAAUUAAGAGUUCUUCUUUUGGGUGGAGAACCAUUUCCCAGUAUGAAAUUAAUUUUAAAAGCUAGUCAUUUGCAAAAUACAACACGAUUCUUUAAUAUCUAUGGUAUAACUGAAAUAUCGUGUUGGUCCAGUAUUAAUGAAAUCAUCAAAGACAAAAACAUAAAUGAAUCUUGUCUGGGUGAACUAUUGUCAGAAACUAUAUUUCAAAUUAGAAAUGAAGAUAAUGAAGUGAUAACUAGAGGUGAAGGCACUCUUUACAUCGGAAGUACUGAUAGAAUUUGUAUCAUUGAAAAUGAAAUUGACGAAGAUUUAAAUAAGCCAAUUUUUCGUAAUACUGGCGAUGUAGUUUCAACAGAUGAUCAGGGUAGAAUAUUUUAUAAAGGGAGGCGAAAUGACAUCAUAAAAAGAUUUGGAAAUAAAGUGAAUUUACGAGAACUCGAGAAAGUCGCGCUGCAAUUAAAUUAUGUACGAAAUUGUGCCACAUUUUGGGACGCAAGGAGUCACAAAUUAUAUCUAUGUGUAUCUACUGCAAAAAUCGAAGAAGAAUUUCCUAAGUUGGAAGAUAUAAUGUCGCAUCUGAAGAUAUUACCAGCGAUUUACAAACCUGAUAAAAUAAUUAUGUUACAUGAUUUUAAUUUUACCACUAGCGGAAAGAUUUGCCACGCGUCAUUAAAAACAAUAUGCAGAGAAUCUGAAACAGAAAUGAUCAGUGUAAAUGAUUUGCAUGCUGAUGCAGACAAAAUAUUUGAAAAUUUGUGGAACAAUCAUGUAAAAUCUAAAGAAACUGGUUUCUUAACAUCAGGCGGUACAUCAAUAGCAGCACUUCAAAUCUCGAAUACUGUCGCUGAUGCCUUUAACAUGGAAUUUCCUGAAUUAAUUGGUAUGUUACUGAAGGACGUUACGUGCAACGAAUGCGUCAGUUAUAUUAGAGAUACUUUAAUUCAACGAUAUCGCAGCAAGAAUGUUAGUUGCCGCGUCGACAUAAUUUCUGAUGACAAGUCUUCAAAAACAUUUAAUGCAGAAGAAUCUGUAACAAGACAAUCAUCGUUGGUUAAUUCUCUCUCAUUGUCAAAUAAAGAAAAUUUGCCGUGGUACAAGUGUAGAGGAAAAACUUAUGGUAACAUGUUAAUGCAAAAACAAAAUACCGCUCUCUCGGAAAAUAUAUCGAGUAUUGAAGUAUUGGCAACAUACAAUUUGCAAAAGUGCGUCGAUGCCUCGCCAAUUAUUUAUCGUUAUUCCAAAACAGAAUUGUAUGCAACAGUUGGCUCACAUUUUGGCAUUAUAUGUACUGUUGACUUGCUGGAAACCAGCAACAAAUCGUACGAGAUAAAGUUACCAGAUAGGAUAGAAGCUUCUGUUUUAGUCUUAGCUAAAUUUCGCGGCAUCGUAGGUUGUUACGAUGGGUGUGUGUACUGUGUCCAUUUAAAAACUGGCCAAGUAAUUUGGAAAUUUCAAACGCAGGAUAUGGUGAAAUGCACGGCGAUAUCAUGUACGCAAAAAAGCAAAAUAUUUGUGGGUUCUUACGAUCACUAUGUAUAUUGUCUUUCGAUAGAGGAUGGUACUCAAAUAUGGAAAACUAAAGCGAGUGAAGGUGGGAUCUGUGCUACCGGUUGUCUUUAUCGACAAUCGACCUUGAUUCUUUUUGGGACGCUGGAUGGUUCAUGCGUGGCUUUGGAGCAAUCUUCUGGACAUAUUACGUGGAAACGUAAAUUGCAGAAUCCGAUUUUCGUCGCGCCCGUCGUUCUUCAAACCGGCUAUGUCUUAUUUUGUUCCGUGGCUGGAGUAUUGUGUUGUUUCGAUAUCGAAACUGAUUGUCAGAUGUGGCGAUACGCGAUACACGGCAAUGUGUUUUCGUUUCCCGUGAUACGGAAUGUCGACUUUACAAACAACGAGCAUGUGAUUUUGGCUAGUCAAAACAAACAUGUGUAUUGUUUGGAGAUGCCGCGGAAGAUGACUGAAGGAAAUGAACCGAACUUGCGAUAUAAAUUACAAAUGUCUUCGUCUAUUUUUGCGACUCCUUGGUGCGAAGAUAGACGUAUGUUUAUAGCGUGUACGGAUGGCAUCCUUAAAGUAUUCGAUCUCUCGGAAGGUAAAUUGUUGGCGAGCAAGCAACUUCCUGGUGAAACGUUUUCCUCGCCAGUUGUUCACAACGAUCUCGCUGUCUUGGGAUGCCGAGAUAACAAUCUUUACGUUUUAAAAUUGUGUACGACAUGAUGUAAGAAUAUUAAAAUUUUUGUGUACUAAAAAUGUA